UCAAGGACGCAAUGUCGACAAACGAAGAAACGACAAUGGGAAAAAAGAAAUACAUGUUGGUGUAUUUUCUUAUAUUCGUUCUAUGUGUCCUCCGAACAAACGCCCUGACGCAGGUGAGGCUGGUUGGGAGUCUACACGGGAGGAAGUGGGACGGGCGGGUGGAGGUCUACCAUGGCGGUGUCUGGGGAUCCGUCUGCUCGGACGGGUUUGAUACUAGGGAAGCUAGAGUUGUCUGUCGUAUGAUCGGAUCGCCGGCAAGGAGCGCGCGUGUGGAGCGUCAAUACAGUACAGGUACGGGUCCGAUCUGGAUGGCCGGUCUGGGCUGUCAUGGAUCUGAAGCGGACUUGGGUUCCUGUCAGUUUAACGGGUGGGGUGUACACAGCUGCCAGCACAGCCAGGAUGUCGCCGUGAGCUGCGAUCUUCCUAUUCGACUUUCACGGAGCGAAUACGAGGGACGACUGGAGAUAUUCCAUGGUGGUACAUGGGGUACGGUCUGUGAUGAUUACUUCGCAAUGGACGAUGCCAUUGUGGUGUGUCGUACUCUGGGAUACAACACACUACAUCCAGUUAUAAAAGCCGCUGCUGGUUACGGCCAGGGCUCCGGUACAAUCUGGAUGGACGAUGUACGAUGUAAUGGUACAGAAAAUGACUUACAGGACUGCAGAUUCCUAGGCUGGGGGCAACAUAACUGUGCUCAUAGUGAAGAUGUUGGAGUUUUGUGUAAUGCCAAUGCGAUACGGUUGGUGAAUGGUUCCUCUAUAGAGGCAGGUCGUCUGGAAGUGUUCAGGGGAAGCUGGGGAACCGUAUGCGAUGAUGGUUUUGCGGAAUCAGAUGCUAAAGUUGUAUGCAGAAUACUCGGUUUUCAAAUUCAGAAUUCAAUUGCAAUGGGCAAUGCUAAAUAUGGGCAAGGAUCGGGACAAAUAUGGAUGGAUGAUGUGACAUGUACCGGAACUGAAACAGACAUAGGAACCUGUCCAUUCCGUCAAAAUACUUGGGGGUCUAAUAACUGUGUUCAUUCCGAGGAUGUUUCAGUGAAAUGCUUCACAGAAGAUAGUGUCAACAUUCGAUUGACUGGGGGCCAUCAUCCAUAUGAGGGAAGACUGGAGAUACGUAACAGUGUAGGAUGGGGAACCGUCUGCGGUCGGGGGUUCGAUACCCAUGACGCGAGAGUGAUAUGCAAUAGACUUGGCUAUCCAAUAUCAUUUCCCAGAAUAUUUACCACUAAGCAGUUCAGUCGAGGUUCUGGUCGUAUGUUCCUGGCCGAUGUCAACUGUUCCUUGUCCGACUGUGGACUGUCACACUGGAGUAUGGCUACCAACUGUACUCACGAUGACGACAUUGAGCUGUCCUGUGGUCCACAUCCGAUUCAGUUAAUCGGGGGGAAAGGUCCGUGGGAAGGAGUGGUGAACAUCCUCGUUAAUCAGCACUGGAUAUCUGUAUGUGAUCCAAGCUUCAAUGAAGAUGAUGCUCGAAGAAUAUGCAAUGUUCUCGGAUUUAAAAGAGGCGGAAUUCCAACUUCAGGUUCCAGUAAUGAAAAUACAUAUGACGAUGCUUUGCUCAACAAUACCGAUUGUAUAAAGGCUGACGGGGACGUGUCUUCAUGCACGGUAAUCACCCAACCAGACCGCAGAUGCCAAAAGACAACUGAGGUGGCUGUGAGAUGCUUUAUGGACUCCGUGCCCGUGCGUCUGGUUGGAGGAGCGCACCCAAUGGAGGGUAGGGUGGAAAUCCGCCACAACAACAAGUGGUUCUCUGUGUGUGACCGCACGUGGUCUGACCAGGACGCCACGGCCGUGUGUAACCUCCUGUCCACAUAUCCUGUCAGCCGGCAGGUGACGGGGAUGGCGUUAGGACACAGUCUAUUUGGGUACGGGGAGGGGCCACUGGUUACCGCACACUUCCCUUGCAACGCGGAGGGAUAUGAUACCAAUGACUGUUUCAGCCAAUGGCAGUUCGACGCUGACUGCGAUCACAGGAACAACGCAGGCGUCUCGUGUAAAGCAAGUGUCCAGCUGACACUAGAAACUCAUAGACCCGCGUCUGGAAUUGGCACCGAGGGAACCCUACAAAUGAAGUUCGAAAACAAUAAUUUCACCAUUUGUGACAGUGGUUUUGACAGUUCAGACGCCGAAGCAGUGUGCAGGAGUCUCGGAUACUGGAGCACAUCACCAACCACAUUUUAUGACGCUUGGUUCGGCGAAGGAACGGGAACAGCACUCAGGAUAAGUCCCGUCUGCUCCGGACAUGAAGCUGAUUUAACGUUCUGUCAAGCAAAAACCCUGUGGGCAACUCAGAAUUGUAGCCAUGUUCACGAUGUUGGAGUAAGUUGUGCUCCGACCUCACUAGGACGGAACCAUGUUCGUCUGACUGGAGGUGAUAGUCCCGGGGUAGGGCGUUUGGAGGUGUUUUAUAAUGGACACUGGGGCGCGUUCUGUUGGAAACAUUGGGACCAGAGUAACGCAGUAACUGUGUGUAGGAAUCUCCAAUACAGUACCGUUACUCCAAGAUCGUUUCAAACACAACGAAAUCAAACGUAUAUGACGGUGGGAAGACUAAGUUGCCAUGGUUACGAGAAUGACAUUGGAAUGUGUACCGCAGAUUUGGACAAAAGCGGAUGUGGUGAAAUUGCCGUUGGAGUUGACUGUUCUGAUGGUGUCAGUGUUCGUCUUGUUGAAGGAAGUUCAGAAAUAAGUGGUCGCGUGCAAAUCUCCAAUGGAGGAUUCGACGGGGCACUGUCCUUACAUGGUUCGAUCUUCGGGAACAAUGAAGCCAUAGUGCUCUGUAGAUCCAUGGGAUAUGGAGAUACUGCUCCACAGAUUUUACAUGGCACUCCUGGACGGACCGGUCGUUACAGUGUUGCUAUGGAAGGGCUAAGGUGUGGCGGGUGGGAGGACCACAUCAAACAGUGCUCCUCUACAGAGACUAGGAGCACGUCUGCUGACGUAGCCUAUGUCAGCUGUUUCAAUUGCUCCAGUGUACUUAUGGAAACUGCCGGUGAAAUAGCUAGUCCAAACUACCCUAAUGAUUAUACAGACAAUACCGAUUGUCUGUAUAUCAUCAAACCACUAGAUGACACCCACAUAUACAAAUUAGAUAUCAAAGAUUUGGUGAUGGCUGAUCCGGGAGAUUCAGUUGAGAUAAGAGAGAGUCCAAACGGACAAAUUUUAGGACAUUUCUCCUCUUCGGAUCACCUGCCAAUACUAGCGGGAAAGGCAUUCUGGGUACGGUUUAGGACAAACACAAAUGGCCAUUCCACUGGGUUUCGCAUGGCUUGGAGCGAGCUGACCUAUGAUGACAUUGUGACGACUUCCUGUAUCGGGGACGAUUGGACCAUACACGUGAAUAUCACACUGGCUCUGCUGCUUCGCUCCGACAUCACUGUAUCCAGUAUCACUCUGGCCAACUCCAGCACGUGCAAGGGACACGUUGUCGGUGAUGAGUUGGUCUUAUCCAAGACAUUUCCGGGUUGUAGUACAGUCAACAUGGACAAAGGAGCUGACCUAAUAUUAACACCCGACUUGUUAUCUAGAACAUUCGUAUCGCCCCACUGUGGAACAAGUCACAAAUAGGUGUGGUUAGAUUCACGAUGGACAUGCCACGUUCACUUGACGUCAUUUAAGACAAAUAACGAUUACCUGUCAUUGUUCUCUCAGUAGCAAAAGGACAUAUAUAGAUCACAUUGUUUGGCGGGAAGUAACUUGAUAUUAACUUCAUUAUUAGAGAGUUCCGCGUCAUUAAGAUAGUAUACCCGUAUUUCAUCGCAACCUAUUAGUUUAACUGUUGUUGCUGAUAUAAUUCAGUCAAUAAAAUA